UAAAAAGAUGAAUAAUAUAGAAGAAGACUCUGAAAUUGCCAAACUGCUUAGCUCCAUUAUUCCUGACCAUGACUCCCUAGGGUUUGGAAAUAUCACCAGAUCUAUGUGCAUACUAGAAUCCAACAUGAAUGGGAAUGAAACAAGGAAGAUCAAAGCGAUGCUCAUCCAGAAGAUGCCCGAUAAAGAAAAAAUUGUACUCCUCGCUCUUCUGGAUGUCUCAAUGCAAAUAAUGAAAUAAACAGCAUGCUGAGAUUUUAAAAAGAGACGCUAUCAUUCAGGAAAAAUUAUCAGAGCACAAACUGAAGCAAGAUCUUUUAAAGAUUCGAGAAGAAAUAAACUCUAAAGAUAACCAGGUGAUCUCCGAUAUCAAAUAUGAGCUUAAAGAGAAAGCACAGAAGAUCUCAGAGCUCACACAUAUUCUGGAGAGGAAGAACGAUACUAUUCAGAACCUCAAGGCUGAACUUAAGGAAAUGAAAAAUAUCAUGAGAGACAUGGAGAUAUCAGCUAGCCAAGUAAACCCAGGAAUCCAGUGUAACCAGGAAAAUUCUUACUUCGACAUGCCUAAAGAGGAAUACAAAGAAACAGGGGAUAUUGACCAAAUUAUUGAGCUUAGAAAUGAAAUUGCCGAAAAAGAUGAACUUCUUGUAGAAAGACUUGAUAAUAUUGGAUCCCUUUCACAGAAGCUGAUAUUAUUAAAGCAGCAAUUUGAUAGAGUAAAAUUAGAUCUGGACAAAACUAAGCGCCACUUAUCAAAACAAAUGGAGAUGCAUAGAAAGCUUAAUAAGAAAUACUCUGAGCUGAAGAAAGACAAAAUAAAUAAAGAUCUUGAAGAGUCUGGAUUACUUGGGGACAUUUCUUCCUCAAAAGAAGGAUUUGAUAAUAGCCAAUUAUUGAAUAUAUCCUCAAUAUCAUCAAUUAGAGGGUCUGACAAUGAUUACUAAAGAUACACUUUUUGAUAAUGAUUCAUUACAUUCAACCA